ACAUUUUAUUUAGUUUGUAAGAAGAUCAUAUAAUAUAUUAACUCUUGCUUACACUCCUCUUUCUCUCACUCCAUUUUCAUUGCAACCACUCUUCUCUCUUUCUCGUUUAUCUUCUGUUCUACUGCAAUUCAUGGCUAAUCGCUGGGUCAGGCCCGAGGUAUACCCGCUGUUCUUUGCGGUUGGAGCUGCUGUUGGGAUCUGUGGCUUUUCUAUGGUUCGUCACAUGUGCAUCAAUCCUGAAGUCAGGGUGAACAAGCAGAGCCGAGCUGCAGGAGUGUUGGAGAACUUUUCCGAGGGUGAGAAGUACACAGAACAUUUGUUGAGGAAGUUUUCACGCAACAGGUCACCAGAGAUUAUGCCUGGCCUCAACAGCUUCUUCACUGACCCAAGUCGCAAUUAAGUUGCUUUGGAUUAAUAACAGUGGUUGAAUUCUUAUGUGACAUGUUGUGUCAAAAACUCAGUAUUAUUGUCAUGCAUCUUGAAAACAAAAUUGUGUUUGAUCUCUCUCUCUGCCUGAACAGUAUGUAUGCUGUGGUUGAGAAUAACAUUACCCUGUUUGUUGUGUUAAUUGUUGCUGAAGUUUUAUGAAGUCAUGAUGCUGUUUAGCCUGCUUGUUGAAA